AUGGCCGGCCUUGCGGUUGCCGCCCCGCUCCAACAGCGAGAAACCGCAGCAGCAAUCGUCCAGAAAAUUGCCCCGGACUCGGUAACAUGCUCUGACACGAAGGAGUGCCGGACGGCUUCGCAAGCAGCGCCCUUCCUCAUCAACGCUAUGCAGAAAUACGGUGUCACCAGCCCCGGUGAAAUCGCCGGUGUACUGGCUCUGAUGGCCUUCGAGAGCGACAGCUUCAAGUACAAGCACAACAUCUCGCCUGGGCGUCCCGGGCAAGGCACAGCAAAUAUGCAGAUGAUCGAUUACAACAUCAAGUACGCUAGUUCCAUUCCCGAGCUGGUGGAUGAGGUCUCGGCCUUGGGAGAUAUCUCUACCGACGACCAAAAGAACAAACUUCUUGCCCUCGUUACACCGGAUAAGUACAACUUCGGCAGCGGGCCGUGGUUCCUGACGACGCAGUGCGCGAGCAUUCGCACUCAGCUUCAGGCCGGAACCGAUGCUGGCUUCGCCGCGUACAUGGGUUGUGUGGGGGUCACCGUCACGGAGGACAGGAACGCAUUUUGGUCGCGAGCCAAGGCGGCGUUUGGCCUCUAG